AUGUGUGCGUGUAUAUAUGUGUGAUAUGUCAAAUAAUGAAUGACAGAUUGUGCUGCGCGAAUGGAACGUAUACGUUCUCUAUCUCUGUCGUGUAAUUAAUAGAAUCUGUCGCAUCUGUUGUAGAAACAAAUCGGUGAAUGUAAUGCAAACGAUUAUGGUUUGAUAAUUGCGAAGGGAUUAAAACAGAAAAAUGCACAGAGAGUUUCAAUAUCGAAUCUCAUCGAAAAGUUAAGGUUAUUAUGGGAUUUUGAUGAACUGAUACACAAAUACAACAAACUACACAAUGUUACACUUUCCAAAGCAAUAUAAAUAAAAAUCUUUUUUGCAAAAAAAUAUUAUUAGAAGUAUAAUUUAAACACGAUAGGGGAUUAAAAUUUAAAAGAGCAAAAGUUUCUUAAACUCAGCAAAAUGAGACCAUUGUUUAAAGUUUUGUAUUCGAUCUGUUGGAGCAAUGUUUAUUUGAUAAUGGGUAUAUGUAUGGGCCUAAGUUUCAGUUUAUUAUUGAUACCAAUCGAUGUUGAUAGACAACACGAUGCAGCAGAAUCUUUUGAUCAUUUCUCGAAUACUUUGGAAGACAUAGACCCCUAUGAGCCAAGAAUAAACACUGAUAGUAAACCACAACCAAUGCAAAAAGGAAAGAAAACAUUUGUGCGUCCGAGAUACUAUUCAACGGAGCUUGGAAUUAGAGAGAAAUUAUUUGUGGGAAUUAUAACGAGUCGGGAGUAUCUUCAUAGUAGAGACAUAGCGCUGAACAAAACAAUUGCUCAUAUAGUAGACAAAAUUCGCUAUUUUAUAUCCAUACCAGAAGGGACCAAACCAAAUGUUUCCUUCCCUGGAAUAGUGGGAUUUACUGAUACGAGAAGCAUCUUGAAACCCUUUCACGCUAUGAAAUACAUUAUUGAUAAUUAUGUAGAAAGCUAUGAUUAUUAUUUUCUAACUAAAGAUGUGAGUUAUGUAAAUGCAAGAGGUCUGGUAGAAUUUGUAAAUAAAAUAAGCGUGAGUCAAAAUGUUCACAUAGGUGCUCCAAGUGAAAUUGAUACUUAUUGUUCUCUAGAAUCUGGUAUUCUUUUGAGCCAUUCUGUUAUACAAGAAAUAAAAAAUAAUCUAGACUGGUGUGUCAAGAACGCGUAUUCAGAUUCAGAUGAUAUUAAUGUUGGUCGUUGCAUUCUCCAUUCCACUUCUAUACCUUGUAGCAACCGAAUACAAGGACAAAACUUUACAUUUACCCAAUUGAAACCAACAUUUAAUUUUGAGAAGGAUUUUGCUCAAUUGACCGAUCAAAAUGAAUUCCAAAAUUCGCUAUCCAUAUAUCCUAUCUACAAUCACAUGCUUAUUUAUAAACUUAAUAUGUACUUUGCUGCAAUAAAUUCUAUCAGAGUUCACAAAUCGAUCACCGAUAUACGCAAAGUAAUAUCUGCGACUACACAUCUUGGUCCGUCGAAUCAACGUAAUGUAUCAUGGCCCAUUGGAAAUCAACCUGGGAAUAGACCCCUCGGACGUUUCGAUAUCUUGCGCUGGUCGUAUUUCAAUGAAUCUCACGUUUUCUUCGAGACCGACUUCGUUAAUAUUCAAGAACUAAGAGGCGACGCAAAAUCCGAUAUAGAUUAUGUGAUAAACGCAGUUACGAAUAAUAUUAUAAGCAAAUACGACAGCAAACUAAUCUUUAAAAAGCUGCUGAAUGGUUAUCAAAAAUUUGACGCAUCCAGAGGAAUGGAUUAUAUACUCGACGUAGCGUUUAACGAAGUGGCCACGGGCAAGGAAGUAAGAAAGAGAAUCGAGGUCUGCAAACCGUUAGGAAAAGUAGAAAUCAUACCCGUGCCAUAUGUGACUGAAAACACAAGAAUUAAUAUAAUUAUCACCGUCGAUUUAAAGAAAAAGCAAGACGCGUUAAGUUUUAUGGAACAUUAUGCACAAGAUUGUAUGGAAAAAAAGUACAAGACUUUUCUCAUGAUGGUUCUCUUGUAUAAUUUCGAUUCACCAUCGAAAGGCAGAAGCGAUAUCUUUUAUGAAGUAAAAAAAAACAUAUUAAUGCUGAAUGAAAAGUAUAAAAAGGAUCAAUCGAGAAUUACUUGGCUCUCCAUACGAUUGCCCAUCAAUGUAACUUCCAUAGAUUUAAAUCCAAUGUUAAGAAUUGCCGUGAUCGAUUUAUGCGCGAAGAAGUUUUCUUCGGAGAGUUUGGUUCUUCUCGUGGAAGCAAGAACGAAAUUAAAAAUAGAUUAUUUAAACAGAGUUCGUAUGAAUACCAUCAGUCGCUAUCAGAUAUUCAGCCCGAUCCCGUUUAUCGAAUUCCAUCCUGAUAUAAUUUACGCGGAAGAAGCUGCUCCCAAUGAGGUGGAUGUCAAUAGUAAUUACGGAAAGUACGAUGAACAGAACUACAACAAUAUCGCAUUUUACAUCAGAGAUUACAACGCAAUGCGGCAAACAGUCGAGACGAGCAUUCCGUUAGCACGAUCCGAUAAGGACAUUGCUACUCUACUGAAACUUUCCAAGCACAGUCCCGUAACUUCUCUAUUCGAAAUGUAUGUGUCUUUCAGUGAUAUGCAUGUAUUUCGCGCGGUAGAACCGACGUUAAAAGUAAAAUACAAAGAUAUUAAUUGUGACGACGCUUCCAACGAUAGUAUUUAUAAAAGUUGCCUUAAACUGAGAAAUAAUCAUUUGGGUAAACGUAGUCAACUGGCUAGAUUAAUAUUAGAUUAUCAGAAUCAUCAAGUAUAAGAAAGUGUAAAAAUCACAAUAUGUAUUCUUUACAAAAAAGAACGACUAUUUAUUAAUUUAUGUUUCUUGUAUCAAACACUUUAUACUUUCGCAUAAAACUAGGAGAAAAUAUAGAUAUACUCACAUAGAUACCUACAAUGUAGGACAAAAAUGUUCAAUAGAGAAGUUAGGUAUAUUUUUUACAUAGAUUUAUAUAUGAAAAUGAAAUAAAUUAU